CGCGGCCCCGAAGUUGGGGGGGCGGGGGGAGUGGAGAAAGCGGGGCGCGCGGAGGAGCGCCGGGCCCCCAGCGCCGCGUGAGCCGGGAGGACCGUGCGGCCCGACCUAGCGGCGCGGCAGCACCGUCCCCGCGUGUCGCAGCGCGGCGGAGACGCUGGGACCGUCCAGAUCUCGCUUCACGGCGCCCUGGUGCCCUCGGCCGCCUCUUCUUCCUUCACUCGCAGCCCGGGCGAGAGCGGCGCCCAAGUCGGGUGCGCCAUGUCCGGGGCCGGGUAGCCCCGCCGCCCGCCGGCCCGCCAGCCCGCCCUCCGAGCCGCCCGCCAGCGGGCAGGCCGGCCGGGAAGUCUCAGGGCAGGCAGAUGCAGUGAGUGAGGGGGGGGCCAUGGCAGAGGAGCGGCCCCCCCGGUUGGUGGAUUACUUCGUGGUAGCUGGGCUUGCAGGGAACGGAGCACCCAUCCCUGAGGAAACAUGGGUUCCUGAACCCAGUGGCCCCCUGCGCCCUCCCCGGCCAGCGGAACCCAUCACAGAUGUGGCAGUCAUCGCUAGGGCACUGGGCGAGGAGGUGCCCCAGGGCUACACAUGCAUCCAGGCUUCUGCUGGGGGCCACCCCUUGGAACUCAGUGCUGGGCUCCUGGGUGGAACUCAACCUGUCAUCUGCUACCGGAGGGGCCGUGACAAGCCCCCCCUCGUUGAGCUGGGGGUGUUAUAUGAAGGGAAGGAACGUCCCAAGCCUGGCUUCCAAGUGCUUGACACGACACCCUACAGCCACUCAGCCAAUCUGGCCCCUCCAGGUCCUGGGCACCCCCGUACCUACCUCACUUACCGGAGGGCAGCAGAAGGGGCAGGGCUGCAUGCCUUGGGCAUCACUGAUCUCUGUCUGGUGCUGCCCAGCAAGGGCGAGGGCGCUCCUCAUACUUACUGCCAGUUGACCCGCAACCUCAACCCUGGCAUGUGGGGCCCAGCAGUGUACCUGUGCUACAAGGUGGGCCUAGCCAAAGCCAACACGUUGGUGUAUGAGGCAGAUCUGCUGGGCCGCUACCCCGAGGAGGACAAUGAGAUGUUCCCGCUGCCUGAGUCAGUGCCUGUCUUCUGCCUGCCCAUGGGGGCCACUAUCGAGUGCUGGCCUGCCCAGACUAAGUACCCGGUGCCUGUCUUCUCCACUUUUGUGCUCACGGGUGCUGCUGGUGAUAAGGUGUAUGGUGCCGCCCUGCAGUUCUACGAGGCAUUCCCAAGGGCCAGACUGUCAGAGCGGCAGGCACGGGCACUGGGUCUGUUGAGUGCUGUGGAGCGGGGCCGGGCACUGGGGGGCCGAGCUGUGCGCAGCCGUCGUGCCAUUGCUGUGCUGUCCCGCUGGCCUGCCUUCCCAGCCUUCCGCGCCUUCCUCACCUUCCUUUACCGCUACUCCGUCUCAGGCCCCCACCGCCUGCCCUUGGAAGCGCACAUCUCCCACUUCAUUCACAACGUCCCAUUCCCUUCCCCACAGAGACCCCGCAUCUUAGUGCAGAUGUCUCCUUAUGACAACCUGCUCCUCUGUCAACCUGUAUCCUCACCCCUACCCCUCAGUGGUGCCAGCUUCUUGCAGCUGCUGCAGAGCCUGGGCCCUGAGCUGGCUGUCACCCUGCUGCUGGCUGUACUCACAGAGCACAAAUUACUGGUCCACUCACUGCGGCCAGAUCUACUCACCAGUGUCUGUGAGGCCCUUGUCUCGAUGAUCUUCCCACUGCACUGGCAGUGCCCCUACAUUCCGCUAUGCCCACUGGUGCUGGCAGAUGUUCUGAGCGCCCCUGUGCCCUUUAUUGUGGGUAUCCACUCCAGUUACUUCGAUUUGCAUGACCCGCCUGCUGACGUCAUCUGUGUUGAUCUUGAUACCAACACGCUCUUCCAGACAGAGGAAAAGAAGCCCCUCUCCCCUAGGACCCUGCCCCGCAGACCCUACAAGGUUCUGCUGGCCACACUGACAAGCCUUUACCAGCAGCUGGACCAGACUUACACUGGACCAGAGGAGGAAGCAUCUCUGGAAUUUCUGCUGACAGACUACGAGGCAGUGUGUGGCCGCAGGGCUCGCCUGGAGCGGGAAGUCCAGGGAGCCUUCCUGCGCUUCAUGGCCUGUCUGCUCAAGGGCUACCGGGACUUCCUGCGCCCUCUCACACAGGCACCCUCUGAGGGAGCACGCGAUGUUGACAAUCUUUUCUACCUUCAGGGUUUCCUCAAGUCCCGGGAACGCUCCAGCCACAAGCUGUACUCUCAGCUGCUGCACACACAGAUGUUCUCACAGUUCAUUGAAGAAUGCUCUUUUGGCUCUGCUCGGCAUGCUGCCCUUGAAUUUUUUGACUCUUGUGUUGACAAGAUCCACCCAGAGCAGGAGAAGCCUGAGCCAACACCCUUAGUGGAACUGGAGGAGCUUUCAGGAAGUGAGCUCACUGUCUUUAUCACACCUCCUGAAGAGCCCCCAGUGCUGGAGGGCAGUGAAUCCACUCCCCAGUACUGCUAUGAUGGAUUUCCAGAGCUACGGGCUGAAUUGUUUGAGUCUCCUCAAGAGCAACCGGGGACCCUGCCUGUGCCAGGCCCAUCCCGUAGUGCCCCCAGCAGUCCUGCCCCUCGUCGAACUAAACAGGAGAUGAAGGUUGCACAACGGAUGGCACAGAAGUCAGCAACUGUGCCUGAACUGUGGGCCCGAUGCCUACUGGGACACUGCUACGGGCUGUGGUUCCUAUGUCUGCCAGCCUAUGUGCGGUCAGCACCUUCCCGGGUGCGGGCCCUGCACACAGCCUACCAUGUACUGCGUGAGAUGGAGAGCCGCAAGGUGGUACUUCCUGAUGAGGUGUGCUAUCGGGUGCUGAUGCAGCUCUGCUCACACUAUGGGCAGCCUGUGCUGUCUGUGCGGGUCAUGCUGGAGAUGCGGCGGGCAGGCAUUGUGCCUAACACCAUCACCUAUGGUUACUACAACAAGGCUGUGCUGGAAAGCAAGUGGCCGUCUGGUACACCGGGUGGGCGCCUGCGCUGGGCUAAGCUCCGGAAUGUUGUUCUGGGGACUGCUCAGUUCCGCCAGCCCUUGAGAGAACGGCGGCAGCGGCAGCAGCAGCAGCAACAGCAGCAGCUGGUGGUAGCAACACAUCAAGACACAGGAAGCUCCCAGAUAGAGUCCUGUCUGGAGCGUCCCUCCCCAACCCGCCCCCUUCAGCGCCAGACUACCUGGGCUGGGCGAAGUCUGCGGGACCCAGCCUCACCUACUGGGCGCCUAGUGAAGAGUGGCAGCUUGGGCAGUGCCCGAGGGGCACAGCCCACUGUGGAGGCUGGUGUAGCCCACAUGAUAGAGGCUUUGGGGGUCUUGGAACCUCGGGGAUCACCUGUACCCUGGCAUGAUGGAAGUCUCUCAGACCUGAGCCUGACUGGGGAGGAACAGGCACCUGGAGGCAGCCCAGGAGGCUCAGGCUCAGCCCUGAGUGCCCAGUCUACUGAGGCCCUGGAAGGGCUAAGUGGGCAGGGGCCCAAGGCUGGUGGACGACAGGAUGAGGCAGGCACUCCCCGACGGGGGCUGGGUGCCCGCCUUCAACAGCUGCUUACUCCUUCCCGCCGCUCCCCUGCCUCUCGUGUGCCCUCGCCUGAGCUGUUGCCUCGUGACCUGCCUCUCCCAGCCCGCCGCAGCCCCAUGGACAGCAUUCUUCGGCCCCGGGAGCGCCCUGGAUCCACUGCCUCUGAGAGUUCAGCUUCUCUGGGCAGUGAGUGGGACCUCUCAGAAUCUUCUCUCAGCAGCGUGAGCCUCCAUCAUUCCUCAGAGCGUCUCAGUGACACCCCUGGAUCCUUUCAGCCACCUUCCCUGGAAAUUCUGCUGUCUAGCUGUUCCUUGUGCCGUGCCUGUGAUUCACUGGUGUAUGAUGAGGAAAUCAUGGCUGGCUGGGCACCUGAUGACUCUAACCUCAACACAACUUGCCCCUUCUGCGCCUGCCCCUUUGUGCCCCUUCUUAGUGUCCAGACCCUUGAUUCCCGACCCAGUGUCCCCAGCCCAAAGCCUGCCCCUGCUGGUGCCAGUGACAACAAAGAUGCUCCCAUUCCUGGGGGUCCUGGGCCUGUGCUCAGUGACCGCAGGCUCUGCCUUGCCUUGGAUGAGCCCCAGCUCUGCAAUGGGCACUUGGGGAGUGCUUCCCGACGCAUCGAGAGUGGGGCAUGGGCAUAUCUGAGCCCCCUGGUGCUGCGUAAAGAGCUGGAGUCGCUGGUUGAGAAUGAGGGCAGUGAGGUGUUGGCAUUGCCUGAACUGCCUGCUGCCCACCCCAUCAUCUUCUGGAAUCUUCUAUGGUAUUUCCAACGGCUACGCCUGCCUAGUAUUCUACCAGGCCUGGUGCUGGCCUCCUGUGAUGGACCCCCACCUCCCCAGCUUUCCCAGGUCCCAUCUCCUUGGCUAGCUCCUGAUCCAGCCUCUGUGCAGGUGCGGCUGCUGUGGGAUAUCCUGACUCCUGAUCCCAAUAGCUGCCCACCUCUCUAUGUGCUCUGGAGGGUCCACAGCCAGAUCCCACAGCGGGUGGUAUGGCCAGGCCCAGUACCUGCAUGUCUUAGCUUGGCAUUAUUGGAAUCAUUAUUGCGCUUUGUUGGACUCAAUGAGGUGCACAAGGCUGUGGGGCUCCUUCUGGAAACUCUAGGGCCCCCUCCCACUGGCCUGCACCUGCAGAGGGGCAUCUACCGUGAGAUCUUAUUCCUAACAAUGGCUGCUCUAGGCAAGGACCAUGUGGACAUAGUGGCCUUCGACAAGAAGUACAAGUCUGCCUUUAACAAGCUGGCCAGCAGCAUGGGCAAGGAGGAACUGAGGCAGCGGCGGGCACAGAUGCCCACUCCCAAGGCCAUUGACUGCCGAAAAUGUUUUGGAGCACCUCUAGAAUGCUAGGGACCCUUAAGCUUCCCUCUCCAGGAGUAGGGAGGUGAGGAGAAAGGAUUCUAGAGAUAACCUGCUUCCCUAUUCCCUUCAUAGAGGAGAUGGGAACAGGCAGGAAAGCCUGUUCAGCUGUAGGCUCCAAGUGGGAGCAGCAGGAAGAGGGACACUUUAUUACCAAAAGUCACAAUUCCCCUAUCUCCCACCUACCCAAUUCACCCAUGCUGAUGUUGGGGAGAGCUGGGGGAGUUGACACAGCCCCUCUCUGGUCCUGUUGCAGGAAUUUCUCUCCAGGGUACCCACACAUCUGUACUGCCCUGGUCAUCUUAGAAGUUUUUGUUUUAAAAAACAACUGGAAAGAUAUAGAGCUACUGAGCCUUUGCCCUGAGUGGGAGGGAGAGAUCUCAUUCCCCACCAAUGAUGGUUCUUCUUCCCUGGCAUUAUUGAAGGAGCCUAAGGCUCUCCAUGCCUUUCUACCUUAGUGUUUGUGUUUUAUUUUAAAUUAUUUAUUCUGGAGCCACAGCCCCCAUGAUUAUGAGAUUCUUAUGGAAAGUAAGAAAGAGAAGGGAGUGGGGCACCAUGGUUUGUAAAGGUUCCUUGAAAGCCAGGUAGUGAAAGCUACCCUUGGGAAGAAUUGGUGCCUCCUCCAGUCCUAAUCCUUCUUGUCCACUCCACUUUGGGAAAUGCCUCACCUACCCAGGGCCCUGACCUGUGCAAUAAGGAUUGUUCCCUGCAAAGUUUUGUUGGAUGUAAAUAUAGUAAAAGCUGCUUCUGUCUUUUUCCUUCUGCCUCCUAUUCUCUGGAUCUGGGGUAAUAAUGGGGGACGACACUCAUGUUCUACUAUCUGCACAUCCUCUUUUCUACCUUUUCAUCCUUUGUAGCCUUCAGGUAUACCUGGCAUUU